AUGAGUUUAACCAUUGAGGAUGGUCUAAGUGACUUACCUGAUGCUCCUCUUCUUUACAUUUUAUCAUUUUUGUACACCAAACACGCUGUCCGAACUUGCGUGUUGUCCAAGAGAUGGAAACAUCUCUGGAAACGUAAUCCUACCCUUACAUUACAUUCCUCAAGAUUUUCCAAUGUGGAGAAUUUUGACAUAUUCGUUUCUAAGAUAUUGACUCUUCGAGAUACCUCAACUGCAAUGCAGGCUUUUGAUCUUGACCGUCGAGGUGAGAUUGAGCCUCAACUUCUUAAAAAUGUUUUAGACUAUGUUUGCUCCCAUAAUACCUUCCUCGAGGAAUUAGGAAUCUCUGUCUGUGGUGAUAGUUCUCCCAUUCAAAUUCUCUCCUUAGUUCCUAAUUUAUUGAAGUUUAAGAUACCUUCUUUGUGUAACUUGAAGUCACUGGAAAUAGAACUGGAAUCACUUCAAAUGGGAUUACCCGACAUACUGAUGGAGUCCAUGUUAAGGAAAGUUGCUCGCCUUCGGCGAAACUUGAAAUCUCGUCAGUGUGGGAUUGAUUUUAAACUUAACCAGGGCGUUGAAGGAAUCCGAGGACUGGUUUUCAAUCACUUCUCAUCUCAUUUUAAAUUUGUGGCUGUUGAAAGACCUAGCAUUGAGAAUCUCAAUUUUAAUAUGCUUAGUUUAGGCCAAUGUGGUGAGCUAACCAAACUUUUUUCAGUUGACGAAGUUAAACAAGCUGUUUGGGAUUGUGACAGUUUUAAAAGUCCUGGACCAGAUGGUUUAUAUGGGGUUUGUUAA